AUGGUUGCGAAAAUAGCCAUCGUUUACUAUUCUCUGUACGGCCAUAUCCAGAAGCUGGCGGAGGCUGAACAGGAGGGAAUCAUUGCCGCUGGCGGCCAAGCGGACAUCUAUCAGAUUGCAGAGACCCUUCCCCAGGAUGUUUUAUCCAAAAUGCACGCACCAUCCAAAUCAUUACAUCCGAUUAUAGAACCAGACCAGUUACUCGAAUACGACGGGGUCCUAUUCGGAAUCCCCACCAGAUUCGGUAAUUUCCCCGCUCAAUGGAGAGCAUUCUGGGACAAAACGGGUCGAAUCUGGACAAACGGCGGCUACUGGGGGAAAUAUGCUGGUCUUUUUGUGUCGACAGGGACACAGGGCGGUGGCCAGGAAUCCACGGCUAUUGCGGCCAUGAGCACUUUGGCUCAUCAUGGCUUUAUCUACGUUCCUCUCGGGUACAAGACCACGUUCAGCAUUCUGUCAAACACUGAUCAACUACACGGGGGUUCGCCGUGGGGUGCAGGCAGCUUUGCUGGCGCUGAUGGCUCUCGCCAACCGACACAGCUUGAGUUGGAUAUCGCUGUGGCUCAAGGGGAGGCCUUUUUUAGGGCUGUUUCUAAGGGUCAAUAG